CUCGGAUUCAACAUGGCGGUACGACUGCAUCAACUCUCGUGUAAAGUUUUUACAUUUCGUGCCAUCUAUUUAGGCUUAAAUAGGGCUUCUUUCUGCUCUGCACAGGGUGGUAGUUUAUUGAUCAAGGAGGAAAAGUACGCCUGGCUGAAAGAUCUCGGUCUGAAAGCCGAAAAUGAUGGUGUUUUCAACGGCACGUGGAGCGCAAGAGGAGAGAUGGUGACGUCUAUUUGUCCUUCAAAUGGACGGGCAAUUGCAAGAGUCCGCCAAGGUUCUUUGGAAGACUACAAUGAAACAGUCAAGUGUUCCAAGGAUGCUUGGAAAACUUGGGCAAUGGUAUGGCUUUAGAAACUGUAGUUUGAUAUAUGUUUUUGACAAUCUUCUAAGGCUUAGUUAGGACAUACAAUGUUCUACUCUUUUCAGUAGUUGUUUAUCUGUUUUUUUUAACAAUUUUACUAAGCUGGACUAAAAAAUAUUCAACACAAUAAAUAUAAUUAUAAUUAUAAUUAUUCUUUGCUUCAAGUCUUAUUCUCACAUUAUGUAGACUGAGCUACUUACUUAAGAGUUACUUACUUUAAGAUUCGUAUACUAGAAGAGUUAUGACCCUCUAAAAUCAGUUGAAAUUUUACAUGUAAAUUAAAUUGCAAUAGUUGCAUUUUUCAAACGGCCAGGAAGUAGACAAAGCAAAUUUACUCUAAGAUGACUUUAAGCUCAGAGGAAUGAUCAAACCUGAAAAUUACAAACUGUGUGAGUAUGAAAUCCAGACAAGUUCCCCU